GUGUGUGUGUGUAGUGUGUGUGUAGUGUGUGUGUGUGUGUGUAUCCACUAAACUCUUUACUGACAGUAAGUUUGCAGGUGCAGUAGUGAGUGAGUUGCUCCUGUCUCAGGACCCGGAUGUUAAAUCUCCCUCUGGAUGUUUUAUUAAUAAAGAUUUAAACAUAAAGAUCAGUUUAAUGUUUAAAGGAAGCGGCGCUGAACAAACAGGAAGUGGAUUAAAGUAAUAAAGAAAAGAUGAGUUGAUGCGUGGAGGCUGAAGGAAGAGAGAGCAGGAUGGAGAGAACAGACGACGUGAGGGUGGAGCAGCCGCAGCAGGCGUGGGGGAAACUGGUACGAGUCGGAACGUCUAUAGAAUCCACACUCACUAUGUUACUCAUUAAUAAAGAGUGUACUGUGGGCCGGAGAAAAGGCUGCGAUCUGUCAUUUCCUGCCAGUAAACUGGUGUCAGGUGAUCACUGUAAAAUCACACAGGAUCAGGAGUCGGGGCAGGUUUGGCUCCAGGACACCAGUACGAAUGGGACGGUGAUAAACAUGUCCAAACUGGUGAAGAGACAGAAACACUUACUGCAGAGCGGUGACGUGAUCUACUUUGUGUACAGGAAGAGUGAACCAGAGCAGAACAUUGCAUAUGUUUAUCACUCCAUGACUCCUUCACACUCAGACUCUCAGGACACUGAAGAGUUAUCGUGUUCAGAGCUGAUGGAGAGAAUCGAUACAGAUGUUGAUCCUGCUCCUGUGGAACCUGUUACACUCCCAUUCGUACCGCAGGAGAUGAAGAUCCGGCCUGGUUUUGAGGAAUCUCAACCCUCUACUUCUUACAACAUCGCCAUGCCAACAACACACACACACACCGGAACAGGUUUUAGUGAGGUGAGAUCAACACAGACGUCAGUGAAGCGUACAGAUGGAGAGAGAGAGAUAGACGAGUGUGUGCAGCCAGACAGGAAGAGACAGAAAACAGAUGAUCCGUACGUGAUGUGUUCCGAUGUGGGUGAAACCGGCGCUGCAGCAGUUCCUCCUAAAUCAGGGACGGAUGGAGGUGAAGGAAGUAAAACAGAUAAAAUGGAGGAAUCUCUCACCUGCAUCAUCUGUCAGGAUUUACUAUACGACUGUGUCAGUCUGCAGCCCUGUAUGCAUACAUUCUGUGCAGCUUGUUACUCUGAGUGGAUGGAGCGUUCCUCUCUCUGUCCCACCUGUCGCUGUCCCGUGGAGAGAAUCCGCAAAAAUCACAUCCUCAACAACCUGGUUGAGGCAUACGUGCUUCAACACCCUGAGAAGUGCCGCAGUGAGGAGGACAUACGCAGCAUGGACGCUCGUAAUAAGAUCACACAGGACAUGCUGCAGCCCAAAGUGGAGAGAUAUUUCUCUGAUGAAGAAGGAAGCUCUGAUUAUCUGUUUGAACUGUCUGAUAACGACAGCGACACGUCUGAUCUCAGUCAGCCGUACAUGAUGUGCAGGCAGUGUCCAGGAUAUAAAGUGAACCUAACCAUCGCCCCCUGGGGACAUUACCCCACCAGUCUGCUGAACCCAGACGGACCGUCCACGUCCUCGGGGAUCCGCACAGACACUCAGAAGUUUACCUGUCCCUCUCCCAGCAGUCACCUGAUCUGUACCUGCUGUUUACAGCCAAUGCCUGAUCGCAGGGCGGAGCACAUCGGCACUAACACCUCCCCCCAGCACUGUUUGGUGUGUCAGAGGCCGUUCUGUCACCUGUAUUGGGGCUGCGUGGGGUGUCGGGGUUGUUUAGCACAGUUUAGUGAUCUGGAUCUGACGGAUAAAUGUUUGGAUGGUGUCCUCAACAACAAUCACUACGAGUCUGAGGUCCUGCAGAAUUACUUGAGUUCCAGAGGAAAGACGUGGAAGGUGAUGUUACAGGAGGCGCUACAGCACACACAGGAAGGCCUCUACCACCUGUCUGAUUACCGUAUUAAUGGAAACUCCUUCCUGUGUUACUGCUGUGGACUUCGCUUCUUUAAAGAGCUUGCAUAUGCUUACAGAGCUAACAUUCCUGCUGCUGAGCUACCAGCUGCAGUGACGAUGAGACCGGAUUGUUAUUGGGGUCGUAAUUGCAGAACACAAAUCAAAGCUCAUCAUGCCAUGAAAUUUAACCACAUUUGUGAGCAGACGCGCUUUAAGAACUGAGCUUGUGUUGUGGAUGGUGAUGUGAUGGUGAUGUCACAGCUCUGGACUUAUUUUUCCUAAUUAAUAAUCUUGCCGUUUUACGAUAUGCAAAUUCAAUCUGUUUAGUGGUGAGGAGGCCGUCUGCGCUUCGUAAUAGAUAUAUUUUAGUUCAUCUGCACUUUCUCAUGGUGUUGAGCCGAGCAGUCAGAACCUACUGUAACACGCUGUGUGAAGACCGAGCGCUCGUUAAUCUAACGCUUAAUUAAACUUUCUGCCUAAUGACCAUGUGUGAUGUAAUAUAUAAUCACUUCACUGUCAGUUAUGAUGAUAAUUAAUACAGUUUAUUUUCUGGUUUGAGAUGCAGAUUUCCUGUCACUUCUCAUGAUAUUGUGUGUUAAAUAUGAAGCCUUUUUAUCUCUCAGAAAUCACUGAUCGGCUUCCAGUCUCCAUCCCGAGCUUCCUUAGUGUGAUUCAUUCUGUGCACAUUUUGUCCAUAUAAUCACGUGUUGGAUACGUUUUACUUUUUCUCUCUCACACACCUGCACACUAUUGCUAUCCGAUCUAUCCGAUCUAUCCGAUCCAGAACAGGCUAAAGCACCGCUGCACAUUACUCAUCAUCUCAAUCAGCUGCUGCUUUCACUUUUUCCUGCUCUGUAUUAAUCGUUAUUUUCCGUUUAAUUACGACCUACACUUUAAUAAGGGCUGUUAGGAGUCAGUAAGUCACACCGGUCUCUCUGUAGGACUGCUGUGUGUUUAUUAAAGCCAUUUAAAUAGAGUUUAGUGAUGACUGAGUGCACUGUAACAAGCCUUAAACACGCACUAUUGUUAGAGUUUAACUGUAGUAUAUUAAAAUGUGAGAAAUCUUUGCAGCGUAAAAUAAUCACUGUAAAACGUUUUAGAUUUAUUACAGAUUCUGUGUUCUAGUUUUUGGGACGAAGCCUUGACUUAAAGCGACAGAUUGAUUCACACACCACUUUUUGGACGUUGUCUUUUUUUUCUUCUUCUUCUUACUAAGUACUUUAAUCCUACAUGUGGAUGUCUGCAGGAAUGUCCUCGACUGAAUCUGUGCUACAGUAAUGAUACGGUAUGAUGACGUGUGUGUCCUACAUCAUACCGGACUCUGAAUUACUCCAAAGACGUAUAGUAUUAUAGCACCUCACGCUACACUGUUACUGAACACCGGGAGAGAUGACGUUAGUGUGUCACAGCAUCUCAUUCAGCUCUGAUUUGUUCUCCUGUUAUUAAGCCACAGUAUAAAGUCAUUCAUACUGUUCUAUACUGCAGCCUGGAGUUCAGUCAUCGUAUCGUAACAGGAAACAGCUACUUAAAUCUGUCCCUAUGUGAGUGCACAGGUUUCUGUUCAGUCUGCGGUGUCGUACCUGCUGCCAUCCAUACGUAGUGUUAAUUACGCUGACGUUAUCGUUCAUUAUUUUGCUGACAAAUUGAGAGAAUUUUGCGCUUUCAGUAAUACAAUCAUGACAAAGCCAGUCGUUUUUAUCCACUUUGACUGGUGUAAAUCAUUUUCAGCCUUAUUCUAACUCGUCUUUUGCUCUAACGUUGCACUCGAGACACCAAUAAGUCUGAUUAUUAAUGUCUUAACACUUUGAGGCCUUAAGCGUUCAGUCCUGAAAAGAAAUAAGUAAACUGGUGUAUUAGUCUUUGUGUGUCUGCGUUGUAUAACGGCUCUAAAAUACAGCUCUAAAAUAUGACUGUGGAGUUUGUGAUGUUUGUAAAUGUUAAGAUAAAAACAGCACCUAAGUAAAGGUUUCUGUAGCCCGUAGACUUAACGUGAUGAUACACUAGUUCUGUCAAAAUACUUAAACACCCUUAUUUUGUCAUCUUGGAUAGUGUCUUUGUUUUAGACCUUUUGUAGUGUAAGAUGAAGUGUGCAUGAGAAUUGGUUAAAGGCCACACAGCAUCAGUCCAGGUCUGAUUCAGAUGCUUCCUAAUGAGCUGCAUGGACAUUUAGGACAUUUUGAAGCGUCAGUUUGGGAGUGAACUGAGCUUCAGAAACCACUUUGUAUUAAAAUAUUGUAUUAUAUUUAAAUGUUCACAUAAAAACAUUUGUAUACAUUUUAGAGUUAAAACGCUUUGGCUCUCCUUCUACCUCAUCCAAGCUGGAGCAAUAGAGUGAAAGAGAAUUUCUGUAAACUGCUUUGUGUGUUCAGUAAUGUUCAGAUUCAUUAAAUGCACACUGUGUGAGUCGAA